AUGUGGGAUCAAUCUCGACUCCAACGGCUUAAACUUUUCGAUACUCCUUUCGUGCCGUCACCGAUUCCUCAAUCGAUCUCCUAUGAUGAUCGGAUUGAUGCCGUUAUAGAUUCCUUGAUGGCGAGGCGGAAACUCUUUUUGAAAGGUGCCAGAGGACGAUGGACGAAGGAGGACGAGUCAAACCUGGAAUGGAAGCAUCCGAUGGAGCUCUCAGAUGAUGAAGUUGAUAUAGAAAAACUAAUGCAGAUCGUGUCGCUCUGA